AUGUUCUUACCAUGUUUCCUUCAUUAUUUUUUUCCUUUUACUUGCUGGAAUUACUGUUUCAGAGGAAGAGCUGUUAACGAACAGUACUUUGAAUGGAGGAAGAAAUGGACAACAGAAAGUCGUUGUUCUCCGAGCCUGCGUCUUUUUGUUCAAGACCAACUGUUGCCUUACUGGUUGCAGUGUAAAUCAUCUUUCAAAACUUCUUGGAUUCUGACUGUUACUGCACCUCCGUUAUUACACGACUCUCCAGUUCUGCAUUAUCUUCGUAAUGAGUAUUACUACGAUGAAAUUGGGAUAAGUCCUGUCAGUGCUGUUUAUGAAAGCGAUCCUGAAUGCGUCUCGCAGUCCUUCAUGUGCCCUUUUAACAUACCAGAAAAGCCAUCAAUGGCACUGUGUUUAAGACCAGAUGUCAUGGAGUAUGACGAAAUCCAUGCCUUCCCUGAGUUUUGUUUGCCGUACUUGAUUUGUCGUGGGUUAGCUAGGAUUUGGUAUACUCAUGAAAUAGCUCGAGUUUAUGAGUUUCUGGUUAUGAAGUCACUUAUAAACUAUGGUAUUCUUGCGGUGCCGAAAGAAACUGUUUUUUCAAAAAGAUCUGAGAAAUUGGAAGUUUUGGUUAUUGGAGGUGGAAUCAGCGGAUUGGCUGCUGCACGUCAGCUUCGGUCUUAUGGUGCCAGUGUAAAGGUUCUAGAGGCUAAAGGAAAAAUUGGAGGAAGAUUAUUGGACGAUUGGUCUUUGGGAGUAGCUGUAGGUUGUGGUGCGCAACUGAUUACUGGAGUCAUCAAUAACCCUAUAGUAUUGAUGUGUGAACAAGUUGGAGUUGCCUAUCGACCUCUUACUGACACAUGUCCAUUGGUGGAUGCGAGCACCGGAAAAAGAGCCAAUAUGCUUAGCGACCGAUUAGUUGAUGAGCACUUUAACUGCCUUCUAGAUGCUACUGCUGAGUGGAAAGAAUUGGAGGAGGAAAGACUGUUACAGUGGCAAAUUGGCAACGUUGAAUUCUCAUGUGGUUCAAAACUGGCUGACGUUUCCGCUAGGAAUUGGGAUCAAAAUGAAGCAGUUGCCCAAUUUGCUGGGGAGCAUGCUCUUUUGGUUGAUGGUUCUUCAGAGCUGGUUAGGAAACUUGCUGAGAUUUCAGAUCUUCGUUGUAAUCAUCAGGUGCUAAUUACUGUCCCUUUAGCAGUCUUGAAGAGCGGGUUAAUAACUUUCCUUCCAGAAUUACCGACUGAUAAAAGACGUGCUCUAAGUAAUUUAGGAGCAGGAUUAAUUGAGAAGGUCGCAGUCCGUUUUCCAAAAAGAUUCUGGUCGUCGUUGUUGAAGAGCGAUGGAACUUUGGAUUACUUUGGUCAUGUACCAGAAAGUAUUCAUAACAGGGGCCUUUUUAAUAUUUUCGCCAGCCCCACUGUCGAAUCAGGAAAAAGUCAACAAUUUGUUCUCAUGUCCUACGUUUGCGGGGAUUCCGUUAACAUAGUCAACGAGAAGAGCGAUGCAGAAGUUGUUGAUAUAUUUUUGGACACUCUGAAGGAUAUGUUUCCAGAUGCAAUUCCGGAGCCGACAGGCCAUGUAGUGACUCACUGGGGUCGGGAUCAAUUCAUUGGUAUGUCAUACUCUUAUUUGCGUGUUGGCGGUACGGGAGAAGACUACGACAUCAUUGCAAAUGAUAUUGAUGGAAGAGUUUUUUUCGCUGGAGAGGGAACAAAUCGUUUUUUCCCUCAAACUAUGACCGGCGCUUAUUUGAGCGGUUUGCGAGAAGCGGGGAAAAUCCUUGAAAGUUGGCUUAAAUUUGGCUGUUAUGAAGCAGAAGAAGAAAAAACUUGA